AUGUCGUCUGAAGUGUCGCUGGAAGGUCGAGAGCGGCCAGGAUUUGUGAAGCGAGCGGCCGCCGCGUGUGCAAAGGCGGCAUUUUCCCAAAUUGGCCUGGUGAUUUUAGUGGUGAUAUACGUACUUCUUGGUGCAGUGCUCUUUGAAUAUUUGGAGUCCGGUCCCGAGGUGCAGAAAAGGUCUGCCAUACAGAGAUCGAGAGAGGAGUGCUUGAAAGAGCUCUGGGCAAUAACAGGUGGAUUGCCUUUCAUAUAUGAUUUCCCCUGA